AUCAUAAAAAAAGAGUAAAGACCUGAGAAACAGAUCGAACUUUCAAUUAAACCCAAAACAUAACAGAAAAAUAAAAAUGUGGGACUCGGCAAUGUUUUUGAGCACAUUAACACCAAAAUUCUAUGUCGCUCUAACGGGAACUUCAUCUCUUAUCUCUGGAUUGAUUUUAAUAUUUGAGUGGUGGUAUUUUCGGAAGUAUGGAACUUCUUUUAUAGAACAAGUGUCGAUAAACCACAUCAGCCCUUGGAUCAGCGGUGAUUAUGGAGAUAAUACUAACUCAAACAGUAAUAAUUCCACCAACGUUCAACCACCAGUGCCAGAGUGUAAAGUGUGGAGAAACCCUUUGAAUCUAUACAGAGGUGCUGAGUAUCAAAGGUUUUAUUGGGCCACCAACAAGGAGCCACUAACAUAUUAUGACAUGAAUCUAUCAGCUCAAGACCAUCAAACAUUUUUCACCUGUGAAGCAGAUGCUGGGAAAGCUGAAUAUGAAAUUAUGCAAACUGCUUGGAGAGAAAGGAAUCCUACAGUGAGACUGAAGGCAGCACACAAUGCUCUGGAAAAGAAUCCUGAGUGUGCCCCUGCUUACAUUUUGUUGGCUGAAGAGGAAGCUACAACCAUCACAGAGGCAGAAAAAAUUUUAAAGCAAGCACUCAAAGUUGCUGAAGCUAAUUAUAGAAAAUCCCAAGCAUUGCAGCAUCAGGGAACUUUGAUGGAAUCCCAGCAUAGAAGGGAUACAAAUGUGUUAAUCUAUGUCAAGAGACGCUUAGCUAUGUGUGCUAGAAAAUUGGGCAAACUCAAGGAAGCUGUCAAAAUGUUUAGAGACCUCACAAAAGAAGUCCCUCCUAUAAUGAAUGUCUUGAACAUACAUGAGAAUUUGAUAGAAGUUUUACUUGAAAUGCAAGCAUAUGCUGAUGUUCAAGCUGUUUUAGCCAAGUAUGAUGAUAUAUCCUUGCCAAAAUCAGCCACAAUCUGUUAUACUGCAGCCCUUCUGAAAGCUCGCCAGGUAGCAGACAAAUUUUCACCUGACAUAGCCAGUAAAAGAGGCUUAAACACAGCUGAAAUGGCUGCUGUUGAAGCUAUACACAGGGCAGUGGAGUUUAAUCCUCAUGUUCCAAAGUAUUUGUUAGAAAUGAAACCACUGAUACUGCCUCCAGAACAUGUUUUGAAAAGAGGUGAUUCUGAGGCUUUAGCUUAUGCUUUUUUUCAUUUGACUCAUUGGAAAGCAGUUGAGGGGGCCCUGAAUUUGCUCCAUUGCACUUGGGAAGGGACUUUCAGGAUGCUGCCAUACCCUCUGGAGAGGGGCCAUCUGUUUUAUCCCUAUCCUACUUGCACAGAAUGUGCAGAUAGGGAGUUAUUGCCAGCAUUUCAUGAGGUAUCAGUGUAUCCUAAGAAGGAGCUUCCAUUUUUCAUUAUCUUCACAGCAGGUUUGUGCUCCUUCACUGCCCUUCUUGCUCUAUUGACUCAUCAAUAUCCAGAUUUGAUGGGAGUUUUUGCUAAAUCUAUGGUAGGGUGGAUGUCCAUGCCACUGUAUUAUUUGUAUGAGAAAGUAGAAGGGAUUUUGCCAUCUAAUUUGCUGCAGCAGCUGAUAAGAAUUUAACUUAUGAAUAUGACAAGAUUUCUCAAUUCAUUCAAAUAUGCAUCAUCGUACUUAAUAUUUUUAAAGUAAGUGUUUUUAUUUAUUGUGUUUAGUAAAGUAUUUGUGCAUAAUAUUGCAUUUUAUUGUGAAUUUUCUGCUAUGCUAUUGGAA